AGAGAAGGGCGCUGAUAAAGUGGCCGGCGGGGAGACGUCGCUCCGCUGCUGCUGCUGCUGCUGGCGGGCUGACCAUGGCGGACUACCUGGUGGCCGUGCUCUCGGCCGUCUGCUGGCCCUGCGUGGCCAAGGCGACCCUGGCGGCCUUCGUCCUCUACCUGCUCGUGCGCUUCGCGAUGCGCACCGACGGCGACCUCACCCUGCGGUGGCUGGAACGGCGCGGCAAGAAGCCCGAGGAGGAACUUCCCGGGAAAGUGAUCUGGAUCACAGGAGCCUCCAGCGGGAUCGGCGAGGAGAUGGCCUACCAGCUAGCCAAGAUCGGCUCGCCGCUCGUGCUCUCGGCGAGACGGGAGAACGAACUGGAGAGGGUGAAAAAGAAGUGCCUGGAAAUCAGUCAACUAAAUGACAAAGAUAUCCUUAUCGUGCCGCUCGAUCUGACCCAGAGGAAUACCCAUGAACCUGCCACUAGCACAGUCCUUAAGCAUUUCGGAAAGAUCGACAUUCUGGUGAACAACGGUGGACGGUCGCAGCGUUCGCUCUACGUGGACACCAACGUCGACGUCUACAACGCCAUCAUGGAGCUCAAUUACCUCGGCACCAUCUCCUUAACAAAGCCAGUCCUGAAUCACAUGAUCCAGAGGAAGCAAGGGAAAGUGGUCACCAUCAGCAGUGUCAUGGGGAUCAUGGGAGCUCCCUUGGCCACUGGCUAUUGUGCCAGCAAACAUGCCCUAAUGGGUUUCUUCAACUCUCUCCGGCCUGAACUCACGGAGUAUCCUGAAAUAAGCAUAAUCAACAUUUGCCCCGGGCCUGUCCAGUCACAGAUCAUACAGAAUGUGUUUACUGAAGAGGUUUCAAAGACAAACGCCAACGUGGGCGACCAGUCGCAUAAAAUGACCACCGAACGCUGCGUCCGACUCACGCUGGUCAGCAUGGCCAACGAUCUGAAGGAAGCCUGGGUCAGCGACCAGCCGUACCUGACGGUCUGUUACCUCUGGCAGUACGCCCCCACCUGGGCCUGGUGGAUGCUGAACCGCAUGGGAAAGAGGCGAAUCCAGAAUUUCAAGAGCGGAGUGGAUGCAGAUAUUUCCUACUACAAAAAGACUUCUUGAGGCACGUACCUACUCCUUUGCGCCGUGACCAGCAUCAGACAAGAGAAGCGACCGUCUUCCCCUGCGUCAAUUUUUUUUUAAAUUAUGUAGCUUUACUUCUGGCUGCCAUAUAAUCUGACAACUAUCACACCUGUUUUAAUGUAUUUCCUUUGAAUAAGUUUCUAUAUAGGAUGUUUGAUAAGGUCUUACGGAUAGCCAUGAAUGAUUCUUUUUUUGUUAAUAUUCCCGGGCUUCCACCGGUGCUGUCCUUCCGCUGAACAGAGACUGUCUCAACGUAGACCAGGACUGCCCAACACUGAUGACCCUGACACAGGGUGGUGGCCCCAACCACAAAAUGGCUGCCACAGGAGGCGGAGCCAACCACAAAAUGGCUACCGCAGGAGGCGGGGCCAGCCACAAAAAUGUCAGGGAGCGAGAUUAUGCAUAACUCUUAAGAGCAACAUUUCAGCAUUUCAGACAGAAGCUCUGCUUAAACAAGACUCUUUUAGAAUGAAAAUAGUCUUUUAAACUACUUCAUUCCUGUGGUGAAGAUCCUUGUGGUGGGGUGGCGGCUACUGCCAAAGCAAUCUUUUUAAAGAUCUGCAAGGUCAGUCAGAAGCUGUGCUAGGCCAAAUUCUCCCUGGCCCCCACUUUCUAAAACAUGUGGGUGCCAUAAAUAGUGUCAUCUGUCGCCACAGUCCUCAUGGGCACCGUGUUGGGGUGUAGACUUUUCAAAUCUUGUCCCCUUCCCAAGGCAUUCUCUCAAGCAGCAAGGCCUUGGACUACACACAAGCUUUCUAAUAUUGCACCUUCUACCUCUGAAAUAUUGCAAGACUGAUAGCUCGGGUCCUGAGGAACACCUCAGUUGUCUAGAGAAGGAAACCGUGCUCUCAAGAUGCUUCAGGUGCUGAAUUAGAUUAGAUGUCCUCCAGCAUAACGGACAUUUCCCUUCUGCCCUUCCUUGCCAACAGAUCUACCAAAGGUAUUUUGCAGAUGUAAAAAAACUCUUCCUUCGUAAUACAAAAUAGAAAGCCAAAGGCAAUAAAGCACAGUUCUUAAACAGAGUGCCAGUUUGGCGCAGUGGCGAAGUGUGCAGACUGAACCGGGUUCGAUUCCCCACUCCUCCACUUGCAGCUGCUGGAAUGGCCUUGGGUCAGCCGUAGCUCUCACAGAGGUUGUCCUUGGAAGGGCAGCUUCUGUCAGAGCUCUCUCAGCCCCACCUGACAGGGCGUUUGUUGUGGGGGAGGAAGAUAAAGGAGCUUGCGAGCCACUCUGGGAUUCAGAGUGAAGGGCAGGGUAUAAAUCCAAUGUCUUCUUUAAAAAUGAAGCAUGCACAAACAGGGUCCAUGAUAUGCCUCACAGGGAAUCCUGGUUAAGAUUUCAAGGUUCCUUUGUCCGUUUCUCUAGGAAUGCUCUUUUUGGAAUGGUUCUUGUACAAAAAAAAAACAUCCUAUGGAACUGCUCCUGAUUAUGGGAUGUAGGACAACCAUACUCAAGUAUGCCUAGAACUGUGUGGGAUUAGAGCAAACCGCACAGGAGCUUUUUACCAAAGCAGUAAAUACCACAUUUGUGGCACUCGGACUACAAGCUUUGUGAAGAGAACGAGAGAUGGACGAUUCACUUGUUUUCAGGUAUUCCUUUUUAUGCAAAUAAACUUUAAACAAAU